CUAGAAAAUUUUAUUUUUACGAUUAAAGCGGAUUAAAUCAUUGCGUAGAUCUUUGUAGAUUAGUUCAGUCUACCCGAAGAUAGUUGGAUAUCGCCAUGCAUUCGAUACUGUAUACCUUGUGGGUCUGCAGUACAAUAGCUGUGAAGUCUUUGUCAGCUCAAGACUGUACUACGGACGGGUGUCAAAAUGGAGGGGUCUGCGAAAUUAAUGGAAUAUGCACCUGCACAGGCGUUUGGAUGGGACCACUCUGUGGCGAAACUGCUUGUGAUUCCUUACCUUGCUUGAACGGUGGAGUGUGCACUCCUAAAGAUAUGGGAAGUUUUGAAUGCACUUGUAAACUGGGAACGACAGGAACAACUUGUAGUACGCCUGUUACCCCAGUAACGGACUCGAGAUGUACUGCAACGGUUCCUGCUAAUGGUUGUGAGAUUAUAUGUCUGUCGAAUGACGGCUGUGAAUCUAACGAAUUGUGUUGUCCAGACCAAGGUUGUGGAACGGUUUGUUGGCCGUUUGACCCAUGCGACUCAUCACCGUGUGAAAAUGGCGGAACGUGCGUUGCAGACGGAAGAGAUUUCACCUGUCUGUGCAAGAAUGGAUUUGAGGGAGAAGUUUGUGAAUCACCUGUUACCCCAGUGACGGAUCCGAGAUGUGUUGCACCGCCCGCUGCUAGUGGUUGUGAGAUUCAAUGUGUGGAGAAUGGCGACUGUGAAUCUAACGAAUUGUGCUGCCCAGGCGGGGCUUGUGGGACGGUUUGCAUGGCGUUUGACACAUGUGACCCAUCACCAUGUCAACACGACGGAAUCUGCGUUGCCGACGGAAGAGAUUUCACCUGUAAAUGCAAACUUGGAUUCAUGGGAACAUUUUGUCAAAUAACUGAUGACGUCGAAAUUGAUCCGAAAUGUCCAGAACCAGAACCCGUGAUAUGUGUAAGAAUGGGCGAUAUAGAAUGUCUGAACAACGAAGGCUGUGAAAGCGGAGAAAUAUGCUGCGCUGGUAGCUGCGGGGGAACUCAAUGCAUCGAACCCAAGAAAAAAAAUCUAAAUUUGCUCACCUUCGCUUUUAUAGCCCUACUGUCUCGACCCAAACAAUGCCCGAGGGACUGCUUAUAUAGGGCUUGUCACACUGGACAUAUCUGCCCCACGCAUAUCUACGCCACUUGUGGCACUGUGUGUCCCGAUUGUCGUCCACGUUUCUAUACCAAGUGGAAUCAAGAUAUAUCGUCACUUUGCCAAUGUCCAUACCAUGUUCCUCGAGUUUCUCACUGCGGAAUGCAUUUAUGCACCCAGUCUCAUUGCUAUGGUAACCCCGCUUUGGAAUGCAGAAUCAGCAGCUGUGGAGGAUGCAGGGCCGGAUACUUCGACAUUUACGGUCGUGAAAUUCUAUCUUGCAAUCAACCACGUGGGAUAGCGGUCAGCUAUGUUCAAAGAUAAUGCCAUCUCUGAUGCAAGUUCCAAUUUUUAACCGGAUAAACCGUUUCUUAACCGAUUCAUUCUGUUCUAUUCGUACCUCAGUAUAAUACACAAGACAUUAUGGCUAUAUGUUGGCUAUUCACAAAGGUCUGUUACCUAUUUAAACUGCAACCUUCAAUACAGGAGGGCCAAAUACAAAAACAUGGGUGAACUCGCAAGCCACACAUUUACCUAACAUAGGCUUUCUAGCAGUAGCAGACACAAAAAUUUUGAUUAUAAAUUUUGUGACAUGCAUUGUUUGCUUUCCAUAAACUCAGAUAUACUUUGGAAUUCUUGCUAAACAC